GUUUGUUUCUAAACAGGUGAAAAGUUUGGCUAUUAAAUACUCAACAACAUAGCGUUUUGGCGUAUGGUUUGCAUCAAGGCUCAGUCUACUAAACCAAUAAAUGGGUAUUUUAUAAGAAACGCAGGUUACAGUCCCCAGAAUAACUCCAGAAUAUCACCCUUUCUGAUAGCUCUACGCAGAAAGUUCGAUUAAAAGCGUGACGUUUAAAGUUUUUAUCCCAGACAGCUGGAGCGGAAAAGGGAAAAGUGUUCAAUUCCACCAUUCUGUUAUUUAACACCAGCGCAUUUUGACAUAUUAUUUUCAUUUAAUUCGUGACAUUUAUCUAUGCAGUUUGUCUGUUUUUCGUUACCACUGAGUCCACUCUCCAGGAACCAAGUUUACUUUUGACAAGGCCGGUAUUUAUAUUUCUCUUCGAAGUUUGACUGGUUUUCAUUUCGAACUGAAACAACCCACCAGGAUGUAAAACUUUCUGUCAAGUUGUUCCACUGAGUUCAAGAUGCAUAGCUGGUCUUAUACAGCAGCAGUUUUAAUUGCAAUAUCCGUUUGGAAUAAAGAUGUGUUUUCUACAACAUGUAACUUUAACUUAAGUUGUGCUCAGUUCAACACGUCCGAAUCCGAAUCUUCGAAUACUUCCACCUGGGUCAUCAGUGCACCACUGAACCACACCAUCGGAAUAAAAUUUGAGACCUUUCAGUUAUCCGAUUCACAAAAAUACGGACAUAAUUGGAUCAAAAUCUAUGAUGGUCGCAGGACAAAUAAUGCCUCGCUGGGGGUUUUUACCGGAGUAAGGCGACCUUUCAUGGUACAGUCAAGUGGCCAAUUUAUGUUGGUGAAACUAAUAAAGGGACUGCAUUUGACUUCCCUUUGCAACUUUACGGGUGUUUGCUCACUUCACUCAACUAAAGAUAAACCGAAAAUCUCGAUCCCAGACCAAGAUGUACGGACCGCACCAGAUCUCUUUGUUUGGUGUUCCGCCGAAGGAUCCCCACCAAUCAACAUAUCCAUCUUUAACAACUCCAACUUUUUGGAUAAUGGGAAGGACUUGGUAAUGACUCGAUUAAAUGAAACUGGAAACUACUCAUGUGUGGCUACGAAUGAAGCCGGUAUUGACAAGAGAGAGUUCUCAGUUACUGUUGUAGAUUGCAGAAAUCUGUGUUUUAACCAUGGUAACGUAACGAACGGCCAAGUUGAAAAUAAAGUUUGGUGCAAUGCGUCAAGUUCAUCAGUUGACAUCUUCAAGUGCCUUCCCACGACGGCUACAAUCCUCAAUAUAACAAGGACCGACAUAACAUACUUACCCAAAGAAGCAUUCCGUCACAUGGAUGCGCUUAAAAUGCUUGAUAUCAGGAAUAACAAAAUAGAAAAGCUACAAGAAGAUGUGUUUGCAGAUUUAUUCAGCCUGCAAGAAUUAUUCUUAUCCAGAAAUAAGAUACAUAAAUUAACAGAAAAUGUUUUCUUCAAACUGGUGAACUUGCAACACUUAGAUUUGUCUCAUAAUGCCAUUCGCCAUCUCCCUCGAAGGAUAUUCGCUGGACCAUCCCAAUUACUUUCAUUGAACCUGAAAUGGAAUCGCAUUAAAAAGCUACCCACGGAAUUAUUUUUCAACCAGUUAAAGUUGGAGGAAUUAUUCUUAUCCGGAAAUAAUAUAGAAGAUUUAACAGAAAAUGUGUUCUUGCAUUUGGUGAACUUGCAGCAUUUAGAUUUGUCCAACAAUAUCAUUCACUGUCUCCAUCCAAGGAUAUUCGCAGGACCAUCUCAAUUACUUUCCUUGAAUCUGAAAUGGAAUCGCAUUAAAGAGCUACCGAGUAGAUUGUUCUCUAAUCUGUCAAAGUUGGAGGAAUUAGAUUUGUCCUCCAAUGUCAUUCACCAUCUCCAUCGGGGGAUAUUCGACGGACUAUCUCAAUUACGUUUCUUGAGCCUGAAAUGGAAUAGCAUUGAAGAGCUACCCACGGGGUUAUUUUCCCAUUUGGUAAAGUUGGAGGAAUUGUCUCUCGGCAGGAAUAAACUUUACAAUCUAACUGCAGGAACAUUUUCCAACCUACGAAAUUUGACUUUCUUGGAUUUGGAGUCAAAUAAGAUUCCGUCUCUACCAACAAGAAUAUUCUCCAACUUGCGGGCACUGAAGCACCUAUUUCUGCAGAAAAACCUCAUAGGUAACAUUACAAAAGAGAUGUUUACCAACCUUGCAAACCUCCAACAUUUAUUGCUCAAUCAGAAUAAACUCCUCAGCAUCCCUAAAGAGGGAUUCAUAAACUUGACAAGUCUGAGGAUAAUACUGCUUUCUGAUAACAAUAUCACGACUAUUGGAGACAGGGCUUUCACCGUUCCAAAUGGAAGAUUGCUGCUAGUAUAUAUAUUACGGGCAAAGCUUACAGAAUUUUCCGCCGAAAAGUUUAACAACAUUGAACACACAAAAUCGGAAGUAAGCGUGGACGAAGCGAAACCCUGCGUAGCAAGAUUUACAGAUGUAGUUGAUGGUGCUAUGCGGUGCAGAGUUCACAUAUUUAGAGAGCUAAAGUAUAACGACACGGAGGAUAACGACUACAUCGAAAUCUACAAUGACACCGGACGGCUGCGGAACAUCGUAUUGAGGACUUUUGUUCAAGCUGGAUUUGCCAAAAAAGGCAAACAUGCAUACCAGAUGUAUCCAUGCCCCAGGGGAUGGUUUCUUAAUUCAUCCUACGACGACAAUACUGAACUUGAGUGCGAGAAAUGUCAUACAGGUGGCUAUUUCUCUAACACUGAAGCUCUUGUCGGGGACAGUUGCCCGGAGUGUCCCACUGGCACCUAUGUCCCCUUUCAUAAAGCACCUGGAACAGAUCGACGAGACUGCCGUGCUUGUCCGAUAGGAUCAAAUACCGCCGCAUUCGCUGGGUAUAAGGGUUGUACCUGUAUGGAAGAUUUCUACCGUAUGGAUCGGUUUUCCAAUUGCAACUCUUGUCGUACAUUGCUAAAGGGAUUGAAAUGUGAAAAUGACCUUGCCUCUCUCGAGUCUGGUUAUUGGUGGAAUUGGGUAAACAAAACAAACGAACUAGUUUACGAAAAAUUUGCGACAAACCUCCUUAACGUCAUUUACAGACCUGGUAAAAGCAUCAAGUCUGCUAUAACUUAUAGUACCGAAAAUGCGUUCCCCUACAAGUUGCCCAAGAUACACAAGUGCGAAAGGGAAAAGUCGUGCACUGGAGGUAUACAUUCCUCAUGUGAACCAGGCUACCAAGGUCCAAUGUGCGAGAUCUGCAUCGAUGGUUACUAUAAAAAACUGAAACGAUGCAUGCGGUGCCCAACCAAAACAUCGAUUAUCGUCCAGCUGUCAAUCCUGGCGGCAGUAGUUGCAAUAAUCACCGCAGCUUUGGUUUGGAUACGCACGAUGAAAAGCAAGAAAAGAGACGAACGUUCUUCAGCGGAUAUGAUUUUCGGCACGCUGAAAAUUGCUAUUGGCUGCUACCAAGUCACAUAUGGAGUUAUGGAAUCGUUUUCGUACGUUACGUGGCCAGACUAUGUUGAGCUUAUUGCAGAAUACUCCGAGUUUUUGCAGCUGAGGUUUUUCCAGAUAGCACCAAUUUCCUGUCUCAUGCCAAAUUAUAAAAUGGAUGCUUUUGGAAGCCUGUUUGCCAUACUCGCAUUGAAUGCUGCUGCCAUCUUACUGUCUGCCCUUGUUUAUGUACUUAGCAAGUUAUGUCUACUGCUAAGCACUUUGAGCAAAGAACAGAAAGAGAAAAAAGCGUCCCGAACCAAAGCGCUGAUUUACGGAAACUUGUUUUUCUUCCUCUACGUGACUUACCUAAGUACGUGCUCAAUGACAGCCAGAGUGCUCCCAUCUACUUGUCGCAGAGUUUGCCUCGACAAAAAUGAGACGACAUGUUCCAUUUAUCUUAAAGCAGACUACACCAUAAAGUGCGAAGGUCAAGAGUACUACAAUUUGGUCAUCGUUGCAUACUGCGCUAUACCUUACAUCGUCUUUCUCCCCAUUGCAUCACUUAUCGUUGUUUGGAGAAACCGGAAAUUCCUUAACAGAAAUGCUAUCUCAGACGAAAAAGAAGCUUUGAAGCCACAAGAUCAAGGAACAGAAAUCAUCACAGGGUUACGAUUCCUCGUUGAAAACUAUAAUUCCACUUCAUGGUACUGGGAAUUCUUUGAAAUUUGUCGCAAGUUUGUUCUGACAUUUGGUACGAUCCUUGUAGGUGGAUACAGAAGGGUCUAUGUUGGAUUAGUUGCUGUCGUCUCAGCUCUUUAUGGCACGGCUUUCGCCACCUACAGGCCUAUGAAGAAUCAAUUUGAGUACACUUUGAUGACGCUUUCUCUGAGUGUCACAUUCACAAAUUUGGGCAUUGGAACCAUCAGUAAAAUUCCAGAAGAGAAAGCACCAGCCUCCCUUUACGCAUACAUGGACAGCAUCUGGUACCAGCUAACUAUGUUUAUAGUUAAUGCCUCAGUGGUCGGCUACAUCAUGGCUCAUUACUUGGAUUGCGUUUAUCAAAACAUACAAGAAUGGUUCGCCCGUGAAUAUACAGAAUGGUCUUUUGCUUGUUUUCUUUCCAUUGUCCUGCCUCUUCAUGAAUUGAAGGGCGAAACGCAUAGCAGCAGCGGGGGGGACAUCAUGACGCAACCGCUGUUAUCUGCAGAUAUUCUGUCGUCCCUGCACAGCAGCAGUUCAAACGACAGCGGACUGGACCUCUACGAUCCCACUGAAGAAGAAGAAACUAACCUAAUGUAAAAGCAGGGGAGCCUGAUAAAACGGCUGAUAAUCUCAGCGAGGAUGGGCCAGGAUGAGAAGCCGAGAAAUACAGGCUAGACUGCAUUUGCCUUUAACUGUACGAAACAUGAAGAACUCAUGAACUAAAGUCAGAUUACGUUUUGAUCGUAGAUGAAGCGACAUAGUUGUAUUCUUGUAAUACAAAAUGAGGUAGUCUAUCAUCGAGUAUUGAUAUUUAAAAUGGUUAAUCAUAAUUUAUAGAAUAUUAUUGCAAUACCUACCAAUGUAGCUGAAUGUAUAAUCCCGUUUUCAAUAUUUCUGAUCCUUGUUUGAUCAUUUGCAUAAAAUUUGCACAAUGCAGAUUUUAUUUGCCACAAUUUUGUUAUCAUUUGUAGAGAGGUUUCCAUAGUUUGAGCGGUUUUUGCCUUUCCUGCAACCAAUUAGAUACUAAUAGAGCAGUUUUCUUUUGAGUGUCGGAAGUAAUUGCAUUUGCUUAAUGAUAUUUGUAAUAAUGAAUUAUAUACAAUUUAUAGAAUAUUGUUGCAAUACCUACCAAUGUAGCUGGAUGUAUAACCCCGUUUUCAAUAUUUCUGAUCCUCGUUUGAUCAUUUGCAUAAAAUUUGCACAAUGCAGAUUUUAUUUACCACCAUUUUGUUAUUAUUUGUAAAGAGGUUUCCAUAGUUUAAGCGGUUUUUUCCUUUCCUGCAACCAAUUAGAUACUAAUAGAGCAGUUUUCUUUUGAGUGUCGGAAGUUGUUGCAUUUGCUUGGUUUUGGAUUAAAGAGGUUUUCAAUUGAGCGUCGCAAAAUCAAAACCCCAGUAAUCACUUUGGCCAAUCACAUCAAAGGACGCAAACAACUAGUGAACCAGUCAAUACUCCAAACAUGGGCAAGGGUGGGACAACGUGUCAAAGCAAGUCAUGAUUGGUUUUGGUUGUAAUUCUGAUUGCAUGACUAAGCGGAACGAGAAUUUUUGAGCCAAUUGCUUAACAUAGUGGAUCUUGUGAAAUACUGCUUGGUUUAUAAUAUCAUAAUCUUGAAAAAGUACAUAACAUGAUGUAAGAUUAAAAACAGAACAUCUUUGGGAUUUCUGCGUAAAUAAAGAUCAAAUCUGUGUUUAAAGUCAA